AUGGGUUUGAGAAUUGUAUAGGCCGGCUUGAGGGGGGCUGGUAGGUGGUCUUAAUUUGCAGGGAUAGCGUUAGGAUUUUUAAACGGAAAGUUUUUUGGGUUUUUUUUUUUUAAUUGAAUGUGAGUGAAUGAGGGAGAGGCCUGGAGGUUGGGAGCAGAUGGGAGGAGUAAAGACAAGUGAUUAUUAAACCCCCUGUACUUACAUGCAGGCAUGCACACUUGCACGCAUAUAAUAUAUAAGGAGACUAUCCUUUCCAGGCGAUCAAACUGCAUUCAUCAUAUCCAGUGAGAGAUCCUUAGACGAUGGAGAGACUGAGACAUACAAGGAUCAUCAGCUUUUCAUGGGAACGGGUCCUAUUUGCUCUCACGACGUUCCUUGUCACAGCCGAGCUCCACCUUCGCAUCCUCUCCUACAAUGUGCAGGCGGAAGUCAAUAUUCAUCACCUCAAUUUCAUCGUAUCAUCACUUUCUAUAUCCAUCUAUAUCUAUGUAUUAGAAUACGUUAAUCAUAUAUAGACACACAUAUAUUAAUUUACAUGCACACGACGGUUUAUAAUUUUCUGAGAAUUACUGUUAAGUUGGUCAAGCUAUGAUCAUAUGCUCUUUUACAUAUAUGCUUCAACUUUUGUAAUGUACAAGAAUGUUGGUGUGCAUUGCAUGGAUCUAGUUCGAGUGUAUUUCUUUUGUUCCACAAAACGAAUUUUAAGUACGUUUUCGAACUUUGAUCCCGCAAAAAAGGAAAACAUGUUUGAAGUGAUUACAAGAACAGGGUGGAGUAUAUAGAAAAUUUACAUUGUUUACUUUGCCACUCUUAGGAAUUUAUAGGAAGCAGCCGAUUGAACGAAAUCAGUGUGUGAGUUGUGAUUUCGCGGUUAAAAAAAUGGGGGUAAAUCUGAACCAAAAUCGAAUAUUGAUUUUUUUUUUGGGUUAAAGAAUAUUGAUUAUUUCUUUAUAUGUAAUUUAAUCAUUUAUUAAUUAUUAGCCAACUCCCUUCUCAAUAGUAAGCAAAUAGUCAUCAUUACCUUUUUAGCGGUCAUAUUUUCUUUUACAAGGAAGACUCAUGGGUUCAGUGUAAUAUAUAUUUGUAUAUACCCUAUAAUUUGAAAGUCCAACGGGCCUCAACUAAUUCAGUUCGAGCCGGGUCGACCCCUAGCAUGAAUUUUCUUCAUUCACAAGAGUCGAACCCGAGACAUUGCUUAAAGGGAACAUGCGUCGAACCGCUUAAACGAAUCCAUGUUGGUGUGAGCUCGGUACAUUAAUUGUCAUUUUCAUUACUACAUGUAAAAAAAAAAUCACCAUUAAUAUUAUGAUCAUUCCUAAUUAAGCAUGUAUUUUGCAAAUUUGCAGCUGGAGGAGAGAGUUUUUGCCAGUUGUGCUCUAAUACGAGUAUACUGGUUGUGAAUGGCAUGUUUCCUGGUCCAACCAUAAGAGUUAGGAAAGGGGAAACUGUUUACAAUAACGCCAUCAAUAAGGGAACCUACGGCAUCACUCUUCAUUGGUUCUCUCUCUGAGACAAUCCAUAAGAAUUUUUAUUCUUUUAUGACUCUAUUUAUACUUAAUUAAAUUAAUAAUUUAUCAUUUCUUCAUAUAUUUAGAUUCUUAGUCAAUCAAAUCAGGAUGAUUGCAUGAUACACAAGAACUCGCAAAAAUGAUAUAUUGUGUUUAAAUACAUAUUUACAUUAACUAGAGACCAUAAACAGAUAUAAUGUACAUGUAAGAUAACGAUGCAUUGCUCACUGCGAACCAGAACCCGAGUCACUACUACAUUGUUGCCAGGCUAUUAUUAGUGGGAUACUCACUUACCAGUUCUAUGACAUCACAAAUGCAUCGGAGAUCCUACAGUAUAAUGGGAACUACACAGCCCCAGAGAAGCCGGAGCUCCCAACAAUCACGUACUUGCCGAAGUACUUUAGCAUUGAUGCAGUGAUGAACUUCACGGUGAAGAUGCGAAGCCUGGUAGACGAAGAUCACCCAAAUGAUGUCCCCAUGAACGUCACGACCAAAAUGUUCAUAACAGUUUCGGUUAGCCAACUCUUGGAAAACACCAGCAACGGUAUCAGAAUGUCCUCUGGCUUGAACAAUAUGAGCUGGGUAAACCCAAGCAUAGAUGUUCUUACGGCCUAUUACAUGAAUCAGCGUGGUUUCUACACCAUGGACUUCCCAGAUGAUCCGCCUACAUUCUUCGACUUCACCGGUUUGCCUCCAGAAUACAACACGAGUGCAUCGGACCGUGGGACCAGGCUGAAGGUGUUGAACGUCGAAAUAUUCUUCCAGGGAACAAAUGUGCUUAAUGCGCCCAUAGACCACCCGAUGCACUUGCACGGCUACUGCUUCUAUGUGGUUGGGGAAGGAAGAGGAAACUAAGACUUCGAAAAUGACCCAAAAACUUACAAUCUAGUGGACCCCCCUCACCUUAACACCAUAUCUUCUCCCAAGAAUGGGUGGAUCGCUAUUCGAUUCAGGGCCAAUAAUCCCGGCGUAUGGUUAUUCCACUGUCACUUUGACAGACAUUUGUCAUGGGGAAUGAAUACAGUUCUAAUCGUAAAGGACGGGCCGACUCCAGAGACAAGUAUGAGGGAACCUACUCCGAAUAUGCCUUCCUGUGGAGUUGAAUCAA